GGUUGGCGGGCAGUAGCGGCCAAUCAGACAGACGGACGUGUAGGGGAACAAAAACUACAGAUAGCGACCUGAUAUCUACCCCGCCAGCCUUCAUGAUUGCGCUGAGGUACCUGAGGUACCCCGCCACCCAGAUAAACCUCAUUUGGCCCCAAGCCCACUGCACACACACGUGCGGUGAUGUGACUGAUUUUGUGGCGUCAGCUGAUAGUCUGAGAUGGCAAGGUGGCAUCUGUCAACAGCAGUCGGGUGUCUCCUGCAACAGUGAAAGCAUUUGUAAACAAAGUCAAGUGCCACGUGUUGCCCUUCUUGAAGAACUACUUAACAUCAGUUUGUUUCCUGACAGUCAAUGCUUUUGGGUACAUUGGCUCCUACUGUGUUGUCAGGUCAUCACAGGAAUCAAAUGCAGCAUCAGUAUGGCUCACCAAACACUUCCCCUCACACUGGUGGUGUUGACCUGCCUUGUGAACACCUGCCCUCCUGUGUUCCUGCCCUUAAUAGCCCUCCAGGUGACAUCAGAAUGUGGAUGAGGGGACAAGAGAGCCAGUGUUCCAAGUACCACCACCAUCACCACUGCCACCACCACCACCACCACCAUCAGGAGCACAGAUUCACUGAAGUCUCUACCAAGAUUUCUUUGAGUUUUUUGAUAAAUUUAACUUCCAGGAGAGAGAGAGACAGAGAGAUGAUUGUUAAAGGCAGUGUGUGAAGCCUGCCCACUGUCUUUGUAUAUACAGGUUAGGGUGUGUGUGUGUGUGUGUGUGUGUGUGUGUGUGUGUGUGUGUGUGUGUGUGUGUGUGUGAGUGUUUGUUUGUUUUGUAUCCUCCACACUGCUUGUCUUAAUCUAGCUUGCCAAACUAAAUGAAGUCAUCCACAGCCACAGCCUUAUUCUUCCUUUCAUUUGUAUCUACACAGUCCUAUGAGCAGCUCCUCCUCCUCCUCCUCCUCCUCCUCCUCCUCCUCCUCCUCCUCCUCCUCCUCCUCCUCCUCCUCCUCCUCCUCCUUCUCCUCCUCCUCCUUGUCUUCCUUCUAUUAUUCCUGUUUCCUUGUAUGUCUUAUUCCUCCUCCUCCUCCUCCUCCUCCUCCUCCUCUUAAUGUUUUCUCUUUCACUGCUGUUCAUGAAAGUGUUGAAGAAAUAUUAGUUAUAUCUGGCAGUGAUCAGACCUCAUGUACAGAUGUGGUCCCUUACUACAGACACAGCCUAAGGUAACCUAACCCAAUCAUUUCAGAAGGUGGAAUUUGAGUCGGCCAAGCCUCAGAAAUGCAGGAAGGAUUAGCGGUGAUGACUGCAGGCUGCCAUCGACCCGCAGGUCAUCACAGGAAUCAAAUGCAGCAUCAGUAUGGCUCACCAAACACUUCCCCUCACACUGGUGGUGUUGACCUGCCUUGUGAACACCUGCCCUCCUGUGUUCCUGCCCUUAAUAGCCCUCCAGGUGACAUCAGAAUGUGGAUGAGGGGACAAGAGAGCCAGUGUUCCAAGUACCACCACCAUCACCACUGCCACCACCACCACCACCACCAUCAGGAGCACAGAUUCACUGAAGUCUCUACCAAGAUUUCUUUGAGUUUUUUGAUAAAUUUAACUUCCAGGAGAGAGAGAGACAGAGAGAUGAUUGUUAAAGGCAGUGUGUGAAGCCUGCCCACUGUCUUUGUAUAUACAGAAGGUGGAAUUUGAGUCGGCCAAGCCUCAGAAAUGCAGGAAGGAUUAGCGGUGAUGACUGCAGGCUGCCAUCGACCCGCAGGUCAUCACAGGAAUCAAAUGCAGCAUCAGUAUGGCUCACCAAACACUUCCCCUCACACUGGUGGUGUUGACCUGCCUUGUGAACACCUGCCCUCCUGUGUUCCUGCCCUUAAUAGCCCUCCAGGUGACAUCAGAAUGUGGAUGAGGGGACAAGAGAGCCAGUGUUCCAAGUACCACCACCAUCACCACUGCCACCACCACCACCACCACCAUCAGGAGCACAGAUUCACUGAAGUCUCUACCAAGAUUUCUUUGAGUUUUUUGAUAAAUUUAACUUCCAGGAGAGAGAGAGAUGCUGAUUGUUAAAGGCAGUGUGUGAAGCCUGCCCACUGUCUUUGUAUAUACAGGUUAGGGUGUGUGUGUGUGUGUGUGUGUGUGUGUGUGUGUGUGUGUGUGUGUGUGUGUGUGUGUGAGUGUUUGUUUGUUUUGUAUCCUCCACACUGCUUGUCUUAAUCUAGCUUGCCAAACUAAAUGAAGUCAUCCACAGCCACAGCCUUAUUCUUCCUUUCAUUUGUAUCUACACAGUCCUAUGAGCAGCUCCUCCUCCUCCUCCUCCUCCUCCUCCUCCUCCUCCUCCUCCUCCUCCUCCUCCUCCUCCUCCUCCUCCUCCUCCUCCUCCUCCUCCUCCUCCUCCUCCUCCUCCUCCUCCUCCUUGUCUUCCUUCUAUUAUUCCUGUUUCCUUGUAUGUCUUAUUCCUCCUCCUCCUCCUCCUCCUCCUCCUCCUCCUCUUAAUGUUUUCUCUUUCACUGCUGUUCAUGAAAGUGUUGAAGAAAUAUUAGUUAUAUCUGGCAGUGAUCAGACCUCAUGUACAGAUGUGGUCCCUUACUACAGACACAGCCUAAGGUAACCUAACCCAAUCAUUUCAGAAGGUGGAAUUUGAGUCGGCCAAGCCUCAGAAAUGCAGGAAGGAUUAGCGGUGAUGACUGCAGGCUGCCAUCGACCCGCAGGUGUGAUGGUGCCCGACCAGCUGGUACACAUCAGUGAGAUGGUGGUGGUGCUGGAAAACAGCUGGUUUGCCAAGUGCAGCGCCAGGCAGGCUGCCCGCCCACACAGUCACCAGAAGGAUCACAGGUCAUCACAGGAAUCAAAUGCAGCAUCAGUAUGGCUCACCAAACACUUCCCCUCACACUGGUGGUGUUGACCUGCCUUGUGAACACCUGCCCUCCUGUGUUCCUGCCCUUAAUAGCCCUCCAGGUGACAUCAGAAUGUGGAUGAGGGGACAAGAGAGCCAGUGUUCCAAGUACCACCACCAUCACCACUGCCACCACCACCACCACCACCAUCAGGAGCACAGAUUCACUGAAGUCUCUACCAAGAUUUCUUUGAGUUUUUUGAUAAAUUUAACUUCCAGGAGAGAGAGAGAUGCUGAUUGUUAAAGGCAGUGUGUGAAGCCUGCCCACUGUCUUUGUAUAUACAGAAGGUGGAAUUUGAGUCGGCCAAGCCUCAGAAAUGCAGGAAGGAUUAGCGGUGAUGACUGCAGGCUGCCAUUGACCUGCAGGUGUGAUGGUGCCCGACCAGCUGGUACACAUCAGUGAGAUGGUGGUGGUGCUGGAAAACAGCUGGUUUGCCAAGUGCAGCGUCAGGCAGGCCGCCCGCCCACACAGUCACCAGAAGGAUCACAGGAUUUGAUAUCAAAGCUGGUGCAGGAAAAGGAAGCAGAUCGUGACCUUGAGCAGCUCGGGAAGAUAAGCAGCGUCCUUAAGAGAACAGUUGCUGUCAUUAGCAGAGUUGGAACCAGUGUGUGUGAGACGCACACCAGCAGUGGAAAGGUGGCUGAUGAGCACCUCAAGCACUCUGAAAAGGUGGAGCAACAACAAGAAACAGAAAAUUGCAUCCAUCAUUCUUUGCCUGAGGAGGGAAUUGAUGCUCUGUUGACCCUUGACAGUGACGUCCCUCAUGAGGAGAAUAUGAAUCCUACAGAACUUGCCCAUAGAAAGACCAAAACUGUUACUGCUGCCACUACCACCGCUUCCACUGCCACCAAAAGCCCAACUGUGCAAAGAAUCCUGGACCUCCUCAAUGAAAUGGAGUCCACCAGUCAGCUGGAGCACUCUAGCCUCCAAAAGUUCCAUCUGUGUCCAUUGUGUAUGGGUAAACUUAUCACUGUAUGAGGGGACAAGUAUCAGUGUAUGGUUACUAUAUACUCAUUUGUACUUAAAAAUGUCAUGUCACAUCAUUCUCUCUCUCUCUCUCUCUCUCCUCUCUCUCUCUCUCUCUCUCUCUCUCUCUCUCUCUCUCUCUCUCUCUCUCUCUCUCUCUCUCUCUCUCUCUCUCUCUCUCUCUCUCUCUCUCUCUCUCUCUCUCUCUCUCUCUCUCUCUCUCUCUCAUCUACGCCAGUUAGAACUUGCCAGUCUCCGUCAUGAAUGAGAGGAAAUGAAGCAAAACCACUCUGCAAAUUAUCAUUCAAAAUGUCCUUCAAAGAAAGCCCUCUGUAAUCCAACACACUUAGCCCAUUAUUCCUUCCAUUUCUCAUCAAUUUGUUCAACAUUCAUAUUUUUCCCUUAUAGGGUUGAACAAUUUUCAUGGGUUCAGAGCAAAAGGCUUCCUCAUUCCUCCCCAAGGUAUUCUCGGAUGGUAAGCAGGUUUGACUCUGGAGCAAACCUGACCAAGGGCUACUGCCCAAGGCUACAGAGGUUCCUCUCCCUGAGGCUGAAUGCACCAUGUGAGAUGGUUCUGUUAUGUGGAUGAAUGUCAUGGUGGAUAGCAGUGCCACCACAUUCCUACAAUCAUCCAUCACUCCACUGCUCAAACGCUUCUGCAACCAAUGAUAGGUAUGCUGCACAUUCUGCAUGGUCUCCUUGGCUCUCAGAUAAGGAUACUGUCAACAGGUUUGGGAUUGCCAAAAAAUCAUAAGGAGCUAUGUCUGAAAAGUCCAGAGAGAGAGAGAGAGAGAGAGAGAAUGAGCAAGAGAAAGAGUAGGAUGAAGCAAAGGAAGAGUCAAGAGGGAGGAAGAGAGAGUAGGACAAGAAAAAACAGAACAAAUAAAUCCCCUACACGUCUUGUCUCCAUUCACACAAGCCAUGAAAAGCUUGUCCAUCCCUGAGUGCUCAGAAGCAGUGUUCCACUGAUGAUGUGGAAACUUGAGACACCCAAUCAUUUAAUGGGCUUUAGUAGGUUUUGUCACCAGUCUUCUGUGUCACUGACUACAUUUUGAAAUUUUUAUCUGUUCUAUUUAAUUUUGUGUGUAUGUACACAAUGUUUAUGGUCAAUAAACUAUUUAUAAAACUAUUUAUCUGUGUAAGAUAAAAGCAGUUAUUGUUAUUAUUAUUAUUAUUAUUAUUAUUAUUAUUAUUAUUAUUACACAUUUUCCUCCUUGUAUUUAAAUAUUAUUAUUAUUAUUAUUAUUAUUAUUAUUAUUAUUAUUAUUAUUAUUAUGAAUUGUUCGUUUAUAAAUAAAUACUGUAACUGAU